AAUUGGCUAAUUGGGCUAUACUGCGAAAUGAUUCGUCUCAUUAUAGGUUUGAGCACAGUGCUGUUCGUUUGGUUGUCGCAGGUUUCGGUGUCAGCGGCGGUGGCAGCGUUGAGGACAGUUGUUGUUCGUUUUGCAGACGCUGCCGCAUAUUAUAUUGCGACCGCAGGUUUUAUCAGCAUCAACCGCAGGACGCGGCGAAACGAACAAGAGUUGACGCAGAAUGUUGACGUUGCUGCUGCCGCCGGAACCUGCGGCAACCAAACGAACAGCCCUUACAUUGUUUUUGUCCCAUUAUAUCUUUGCAUUUAUAAAUACAAAAUUAAGCCUAUAAUUAAGAAAUAACAUAAUUUUAUUAACCUUGAUUACUAAUAAUAUUUGUGUUUUUAAUUUUUCAUUAGGAACCUCAAAAUCUAAGAAUCUUCGUCCCUCGUUUACUCGAUUCCAAAGUGAAUAAUUUGCCUGGUAUUAUUUUAACAACAAUAAAUUUUCGCUCUGUAUUCACAUCGCGUCUCCAAACACCACAUGUUACAUGGACAUGAACCAUUUGAGAAAAACAAAGAAAAUAAAAGGAAGAAGAGUGCUGAAUAAAAAAAUGAAUUUAACAUGAUUCAAUGUAAUCAAUCUCAAGAACAAGAUAAGUUUGAAUAAAAUUAGUUAGGAUUGUUUCCUAUAUUGUUUUUAGAUUUAAAAACAUAGAAUACAAAAAUUUAGAAUACAUAUUCUAAAAAUGAUAAAAUAUAGACAAAAAAUAAGAAUACAUACUCUAAGAAAGAUAUAACAUAGACAAAUGGUCUAAAUUGUGACAUAGGAAACUAAGCAGAAUAAUCAGUUUCUACUCAUUUUUUGAAAAGUACACCAUUUAUGAAGAAUAUUCGAUGCGUAUGGUUCUUUGUCAUUCCUUAAAUUUUAAAGAAUUAUAGAACAAAAACAUUCCUUAUCAAAAUUGAUAUGGAACAAAGUAAUAAAUAAUUCUUUUUCAUUCCUUUUAUUUUACUCUUAUUUAUUAUUUUUCUACUUAUUUAUAUUUCUAUUUUAACGCUCACCAGUUAGAGCCAAAAAGUUAAAAUAUAAAUUCUACCAUAUUUAGAAUGUAGCAUACAAAUAAAAACUCAAUGUUUUAUCUACGAUAUAUAUAAUAGAGUAAUCUUUAACGUUUUCUAAAAUUUUCUACAAUAAAGUAAAAAGCCUACAAUAUAUUAUAUUUUAUAAAUAACAAAUAUCUUUGGUUAAACCUGAAUACACAUAUUCUAUAUCUGGAUAGAUCAUAGAUAAGACUUUAUAAUAUAAAUUACAAAAUUUAUAAAAUAAGUCAGAACGUCAAUUUUAUCCUUGUUAAAAGUUAUAAUAUACAUUCGAAGAAAUUUAGAUCAACAUAUCUAAAUUGUUUGGAAUUCGAUUUUUGUACAUCAAAAAAAUGUAAAAUAUUAUCAUGAUGAUAUUACUUUUUCACAAAAUUUUAUUAAUAUAAAAAAAUUAAUAAUUAUUUUCGUUAUUAUGAUGGCAUUUAUAUCCAAAACUAACCGGUUAAUGUAAGAGUAUAAAGAAACAAAUACAUUUCUCCUUUAUCCGGUUUAGUCCAAGAUUCGUUUUUUUACUUGCCAAUUCGGUACGAUUGCUGUCCUUUUUUUACAUUUUGUUUCUUUUCUGUCAAAUUCCUUUCUAAAAAAACAUCGAUUCCUUAUAGUUGUGAUGGUUUUGUGUUAAAGUUUUAAAAUACAAAAACUUUUGAAACUCAGAGCAUAGCUUAGCUUAGCUUUCUAGCUUCUACUGCUGAUUCUUACAUGAGUGAUCCAGUUCUGCUUAAUCUCCAUAUCUAGGGUCUCUUACGUUUCUCAUACGGUAACUCCCUCGUCUGAUAUUUUUUUUGAGUUGUUUUGGUACAUUUUUUUUGGUUUCACUUGUUUUGAUCCUCGACGAAGCUCAGAUUCAUGAUACCAUAUUUACUAUCUCUUUUCGUUGAUUACAACUAGUCCCAGGACAAGAACGUGGUCUCUUUUAAUCGGUAAAUUUACAUUUUCCGUUACGGCUAGGUCACUUGUCCUAAUAUGUUUGCGUGCUUGCUGUUUUGUCUUUUCAUGGUUUUAAGCUGUUGAGUUUUUUUUAUAGGUAGAGAAUGUCUCGAGCGGAGUCGUCAUGGAAGCGGCUCGUAAACGCUGCGUUACAAAGGGAUAGAGCAGGAGGAGGAGCUGGUGGUGGUACUGGUCAGGGCAGCCUUAUGGAUUAUGUUCCUUCAUCUCUACCGAACAACAGGGACAUAGAUGCUAUUUUGAGAGCUGCUGAUGAACUCCAAAAUGAAGACCCCAGCAUUGCUAGGAUCUUAUGUGAGCAUGCUUACUCGCUAGCACAAAAUCUUGACCCUAAGAGUGAAGGCAGAGGUGUUUUGCAAUUUAAAACCGGAUUGAUGUCUGUUGUUAAGCAAAAGUUAGCAAAAAGAGAGGUUGGGACCAUAGACAGAACUCAAGAUAGUAAACGACUGCAAGAUUUCUACAGGCUGUACAGAGAAAAGAACAACGUUGACACUUUAAAGAAGGAGGAGAUGCAGCUCCGUGAGUCAGGGGUUCUCACUGGCGAGCUGGAGCGGAAAACAGUAAAAAGGAAAAGAUUGUUUGCCACCCUUAAAAUUCUUGGAAAUGUGUUGGAGAAGGUUGCAAAAGAGAUCCCUGAUGAGCUGAAGCAUGUUAUUGAUUCUGAUGCUGCAAUUAGCGAGGACACAAUUGCUUACAACAUUAUUCCUCUUGAGGCUCAUGUCACCACAAAUGCCAUUACGGCUUUCCCUGAGGUGAAAGCGGCAGUUGCAGCGUUGAAGUAUUUUCGAGGCCUGCCAAAUUUGCCGGCUAAUUUUCCCAUUCCUGCGACAAGGAAUGCUGAUAUGCUUGAUUUUCUCCACUAUAUAUUUGGGUUUCAGAAAGACAGUGUUUCCAAUCAGCGUGAACAUAUAGUUCUUCUUCUUGCUAAUGAGCAAUCCCGCCUUAAUAUUCCUGAAGAAAUGGAACCUAAACUGGAUGACGCUGCAGUGCAUAAGGUGUUUCUGAAGUCCCUAGACAACUACAUUAAGUGGUGUGAUUACCUAGGCAUUAAACCUGCAUGGAGCAACUUAGAGAGAAUCAGUGGAGAAAAGAAACUACUAUUCGUCUCUUUGUAUUUCCUGAUUUGGGGUGAAGCUGCUAACAUACGGUUUCUUCCAGAAUGUUUGUGCUACAUAUUCCACCACAUGAUAGUAGAAAUGAACGAGAUCUUACGCCAGCAAGUUUCUCGCCCUGCUGUGAGUUGUAUGCCAGUCGAUAGUCAUGGCGGUUCUGACGUUGGUGUAUCAUUUCUUGAUCAUGUCAUUGCUCCACUGUAUGAAGUUGUAUCAGCGGAAGCUUUUCACAAUGAGAAUGGCCGAGCACCUCAUUCAGAGUGGAGAAACUAUGACGACUUUAAUGAGUAUUUUUGGUCGCUUCGCUCAUUCGAGCUUGGUUGGCCUUGGAGAACGAGUUCAUCUUUUUUUCAGAAACCUAUACGGAGACGAAAGUACGAGUUUGAAGCCGGUAGGGAUAAACAUCGAGGAAAGACUUCCUUCGUUGAGCAUCGAACAUUUUUGCGUCUUUACCACAGCUUCCAUCGGCUAUGGAUAUUCCUCGCUAUAAUGUUUCAGGCACUAGCCAUAAUUGCGUUCAAUAAAAAUAGCAUUAUCUCCACGAAGACUUUGCGUCAAAUUCUCAGCCUGGGUCCGACUUACGUUGUGAUGAAAUUUUCUGAGAGUCUUCUGGAUGUCAUCAUGAUGUAUGGUGCUUUUUCUACUACAAGACGGCUAGCUGUUUUACGCAUUUUCCUCCGUCUCAUUUGGUUUAGCCUUGCUUGCGUGUUCAUAUGCUUCCUCUAUGUGAAAAUGCUUCAAGAAGAUACCAAACCAAUUUAUAAUUCAGUCAUGUUCAAGGUUUAUGGGCUUGUCAUAGCCAUCUAUGGCGGUAUUCAGUUCCUUUUUACCAUCUUGAUGCAUAUCCAAAUUUGUCGCAACAUUGCUAGUAAAUGUGAUCGGUGGGCUGUGAUUCGAUUCGUUGAGGGGAUGCGACAGGAAAGACACUAUGUUGGCCGUGACAUGUAUGAAAGGAUGUCUGAUUUUAUAAAGUAUUUUCUGUUUUGGCUUGUCGUUCUGUCUGCAAAGUUCUCCUUUGCGUACUUUCUUCAGAUUGCGCCGCUUGUUGAUCCAACAAGGAUGAUAAUGAAACAGGAUAAUAUCCAAUACUCCUGGCAUGAGUUUGUGUCAAUAAAAAACUAUAAUGCUCUGACUGUUGCCAGUUUAUGGGCUCCUGUGGUCGCUAUUUACCUGUUAGACAUCCAUAUAUUCUACACCAUUGCCUCUGCUUUUUUCGGUUUCUUGCUCGGUGCGAGAGAUCGUUUGGGAGAGAUAAGAUCUUUGGAAGCAAUUCACAAACAAUUUGAGGAGUUUCCAGGGGCUUUUAUGAAGGCUCUUCAUGUUCCUGUUACCAACCGGACGUUUGAUCCUUCUCAUCAGGCUGUGGAUAAGAAUAUAGUAGAUGCAACACACUUUGCUCCAUUUUGGAACCAAAUAAUAAAAUGUCUACGAGAGGAAGACUACAUCACUGAUCUUGAGAUGGAAUUGCUCCUGAUGCCCAAGAAAUCUGGUAGGCUUCAAUUGGUUCAAUGGCCACUUUUUCUUCUUUCCAGCAAGAUAUUGUUGGCCAAAGAGAUUGCCGCUGAGAGUAAUUCGCAAGAGGAGAUUGUGGAGAGGAUCACAAGGGAUGGCUACAUGAAGUAUGCUGUUGAGGAAGUCUAUCACGCUUUAAAACUUGUCCUAACAGAAACUCUGGAAGCUGAAGGGAGGAUGUGGGUGGAAAGAAUCUACGAAGACAUCGAUGCCAGCAUAAAGAAUAGAAAGAUACAUAAUGAUUUUCAGCUGAACAAACUCUCCCUUGUUAUCACGAGAGUGGCUGCACUCUUGGGAAUCCUGAAAGAAAAUGAAACACCUGAGCAUGCGAAAGGGGCUAUAAAGGCACUUCAGGAUCUAUACGAUGUUAUACGGCUUGACGUAUUAAAUGUUAAUAUGAGGGGUCAGUAUGAAAUGUGGAACAACUUAACUCAAGCCUGGAACGAAGGUCGGCUUUUUACAGAAUUGAAAUGGCCUAAAGAUCCAGAGCUGAAAGCUCUUGUCAGAAGAUUGUACUCUCUGUUUACUGUCAAAGAUUCUGCAGCGCAUGUUCCUAGAAACCUUGAGGCCAGACGUAGACUGCAAUUCUUCACCAAUUCCCUUUUCAUGGAUGUGCCACCACCAAAGUCUGUUGACAAGAUGUUAUCCUUCAGUGUCUUCACUCCAUAUUAUUCUGAGGUUGUGCUAUACAGCAUGGCUGAACUCACUAAGAGAAAUGAGGACGGGAUAUCAAUAUUGUUUUACCUUCAGAAAAUAUAUCCAGAUGAGUGGAAAAAUUUUCUUGCACGAAUAGGACAAGAUGAAAAUGCGUUAGAAGGCGAUCUACGUAAUGAGAGAGACAUACUUGAACUUCGAUUUUGGGCUUCCUACCGUGGACAAACGUUAGCUAGAACAGUUCGGGGGAUGAUGUAUUAUAGGAAAGCUCUCAUGCUUCAGUCUUAUUUGGAAAGAAAAGCUGGCAGAGACGGUGGGGAGUCCACUCUUUUUGGUAAUAACAUGACGGAUGCUGAAGGAUUUGAGUUAUCUCCUAAAGCAAGGGCCCAAGCAGAUCUUAAGUUUACAUAUGUUGUCACAUGCCAAAUAUAUGGAAGACAGAAGGAAGAUAAAAAACCUGAAGCUGUUGACAUUGCAUUGCUAAUGCAAAGAAAUGAAGCCCUUCGAAUCGCUUAUAUCGAUGUUGUUGAUACCCCCAAAGAUGGUAUAUCUCAUACGGAAUAUUAUUCAAAGCUUGUGAAGGCCGACAUCAAUGGAAAGGAUAAGGAAAUUUAUUCCAUAAGGUUGCCUGGGGACCCGAAACUUGGAGAAGGCAAACCUGAGAAUCAAAACCAUGCCAUUGUGUUUACUCGUGGAAAUGCACUUCAAACCAUUGAUAUGAAUCAGGAUAAUUACUUUGAAGAAGCUUUGAAGAUGAGAAAUCUUUUGGAGGAAUUUAACCGGGACCAUGGAAUUCGACCACCCACCAUUCUUGGAGUCAGAGAACAUGUAUUUACUGGAAGUGUCUCCUCCUUGGCCUCUUUCAUGUCCAAUCAAGAAACUAGCUUUGUAACUCUUGGUCAAAGAGUAUUGGCGAAACCCCUCAAGAUCCGCAUGCAUUAUGGUCAUCCAGAUGUCUUUGACAGAGUUUUCCAUAUUACUCGUGGUGGUAUCAGCAAGGCCUCUCGGGUCAUCAACAUUAGUGAAGAUAUUUUUGCUGGUUUUAACUCAACUCUACGUCAAGGAAAUAUUACUCACCAUGAGUAUAUUCAGGUGGGCAAAGGGAGAGAUGUGGGGCUCAAUCAAAUAGCUCUGUUUGAAGGGAAGGUUGCUGGUGGAAAUGGUGAACAAGUUCUUAGUCGGGAUGUAUACAGACUUGGCCAGCUACUUGAUUUCUUCAGAAUGUUGUCAUUCUACUUCACAACUGUUGGCUUCUAUUUCUCUACAAUGUUGACGGUUCUUACUUUGUAUAUAUUCUUAUAUGGGAGGGCAUACCUGGCACUUUCUGGAGUUGGAGAUACUCUUCGCGAAAGAGCUAUUAGUCUGGACGACACUGCACUUAGCGCCGCCCUCAAUGCUCAGUUUCUGUUUCAGAUUGGUGUCUUCACUGCUGUGCCAAUGAUUUUGGGCUUUAUUUUGGAACAGGGUUUUCUCAAGGCCAUUGUCAGUUUCACAACGAUGCAGUUUCAGCUAUGUACUGUCUUCUUCACAUUUUCACUUGGCACAAGAACCCAUUAUUUUGGACGGACAAUUCUUCAUGGUGGUGCAAGGUACCAAGCCACUGGAAGAGGGUUUGUCGUCAAGCAUAUCACAUUUUCUGAGAACUACCGUCUUUACUCCAGAAGUCAUUUUGUCAAAGGGCUGGAAGUUAUUCUCUUACUGGUUGUCUACCUUGCGUAUGGAAAUGAUAAGGCUGGUGCUGUUUCCUACAUUCUUCUGACUGUUAGCAGCUGGUUUUUGGCUGGUUCUUGGCUUUUUGCUCCUUUCCUGUUCAACCCUGCUGGAUUUGAGUGGCAAAAAGUGGUGGUGGACUUCACAGAAUGGACAAAUUGGCUCUUUUACAGAGGUGGAAUCGGUGUGAAAGGAUCUGAAAGCUGGGAAGCUUGGUGGGAAGAAGAACUGUCUCACAUUCGGACCUUGAGCGGGAGGAUAAUGGAGACUAUAUUAAGUCUACGCUUCUUUGUCUUCCAGUAUGGUAUUGUCUACAAACUGAAACUACAAGGAUCAGAUACAUCAUUUUCGAUCUAUGGUUGGUCAUGGGCUGCAUUAGCAAUCUUUUUUUUUCUUUUCAAGGUCUUUACCUUCAGUCGGAAGAUUUCUGUUAGUUUCCAGCUUGUGCUGAGACUUGCACAAGGCAUUACCUUCUUGGUGGCUUUAGCUGUCGUAACCGUAGGGGUUGUACUCACAGACUUGUCAGUGACAGACAUAUUCGCUACUGUAUUAGCCCUUAUACCAACUGGAUGGGGAAUCCUCUCUAUUGCGUGCGCUUGGAAGCCAAUCAUAAAGCGAAUUGGGAUGUGGAAGUCGAUCCGUUCACUAGCAAGGCUGUAUGAUGCAGGAAUGGGAAUGCUCAUAUUCCUUCCCGUUGCGUUCUGCUCGUGGUUCCCAUUUCUCUCGACGUUCCAAACUCGUAUGAUGUUUAACCAAGCGUUUAGCCGUGGUCUAGAGAUCUCUCUCAUCCUCGCAGGAAACCAUCCUAAUUCAGACCUUUGAGUUUGAGAUCGUUAAUAGCUUUGCCUUUUGUUAAGGCGAACACUAGCUAUAGCUUGUAGUAGAGAAAACAAAACAGACCAUAUCACAACACCAAUCGUGAUUAUUUCCAUUAAAGAAGCUAUUUCUUCAUUAUGAAAAUAACUUGUAAAAAUUCAAAGUUUAGGAAAUCUACAAAUAAAUUAAAUAAUUUUAUUUAUAAAAAACAAGUGACGCUAGGCGCUUAUAAUAAAUUUCCAUAUC